AUGUGCAUUGAGGCGACUGUCAACGGCUCGUCUACCACAUAUGUCCUCUCUAGUCUUGGGAAGCAGAACACGGGGUGGAUGGCCAUGGGCUUUGGUCGCCAGAUGACAGGUACACUGAUGGUCAUAAUGUGGAUCAAUCCAGAUGGUUCAGUUACGCUUUCCCAACGUUCUGCAUCGGAUUAUGUCAUGCCCACUGUCGACUCAAAUCCACCCAGAGUUGCUCAGAAAUCACUAUCCCUUAGUGUUACGAAUUCUAAGACACCCUCCUUGGCAUACACCAUUCCUUCAAACACAGAUACAAAACAACCCAUUAUAUACGCUUUUGGCACGACCACACCCUCGUCUUCGGAUGAAAACGCUACUCUUCUACAGCAUCUUGACAUGGGUAUCCUGCAGUUGGAUCUCACCAAACCUGUGACAGCUACCACCCCAACAGACGGUUCGGGAGGUUACCCGUCUGAUACCACCCCUGCCACACCCGACAGCAGCUUUUCCGAACCCCCAUUGCUCCCCUACCAAAAGUUAAUUGUUGCCCACGCCAUUAUGUGCACAGUUGGAUUUUUGUUCUUAUUGCCCCUGGGCGCUCUUCUGGCUCGAUAUCUCAGGACAUUUAUUCCUACAUGGUUCCAGAGUCACUGGAUUGUUCAGUUCGCCCUGGGUGGCCCAGUCAUUCUUAUCGGCAUUAUCCUCGGAAUUGCAGCUGUAAGUCAGUCAAAGGCAAUGCAUCUAGAUGAUGAUCAUAAGAACCCAAACCGAGUACGCCGACCACCCCAAAACUACUUACAUGCUGUCGUUGGUCUGGCUAUCAUUGGACUAGCGUUCUAUCAAGUCCAUUCUGGGUUCGACCAUGAAUGGACUUUCACCACUGGACGUGAACCGCUACCCUCGGUUGUAAAGAUUGUUUUCUAUGUAUGGGUUGUGUUCUUGCCGGUUGCAUACGCCGUAGGACUGGGCUUCCUACCCAAACAGUAUCGUCAGGAAUACAACAAAGUGCGUACAAAUGACGACGAAGAAGAGCACAGUCAAUUUGGCCUUAAAGAGACCUCGUAUGGUCGUUGA